GUACAAUUCUUCCGUGUAUACUAUAUUAGCAGCUAACGAUUUUUUCGUAACGGUUGUGACAAACAACCACUUCGAACAACUUAGCUACUCUAAUAUGACCGAGGCGUUAAUCGAAGGCUACCGGGAGGCCUACAACAUCGCAGAUUGGCAGGAAAACUACACGGAUGUGUUGGAAAUCCGCUCCCAUAGCAGUAUACUCGAGGGAUACAACGAAAAUUCACAGAGCUAUGAGGACCUGACACCUGCUAGAUGCACAAAAAUCUACAACACUGACUUCAUGUCCAAGCAUCGAAACCUAUACCUGAUCACCAAUCAUAGCUCUAAUACCACGCACAAUAACACCCUCCUCGGAAUGAUCAAGGUCGGGGCCCUCUACAUCUCACCUAGCAAUUGGAUGUGCCCUGGCUACUUUGACAUGACAGGCACAGGGCCAAUCAAUACCACGUGCAACCCCGAUAAAUUAGCAUCCAAAGUAGCGAAGGGGCACCCUUGGCGGAUCAGUGUCUUGGGGGGGAGUGAUGUAGAGAUAAUCGGAUGCAAGAGCGAGAAGACGCCGGAGAAGUGCAAGGUGCAGUUCUCGCUAGGGAUCAUGAUCGUGGUUAUCUGCUGCAAUCUCAUUAAAGCUUGUAGUAUGGUCAUCGCGGUUGCGAGAUCCCGUGAGCCCACACUGGUCACUUUAGGUGAUGCUCUGGAUUCCUUUUUAAGAACACCGGAUCAGGCAACAAUUGGGAUGUGCUUUGCGGGCCAGAGGUUUGUCAAGAGAGAGUGGAGGAGCGGGCUGAGGAUCAUGCCGGAGCAGUGGAAGGUCAAGGGAGUGCAGAGGUGGCGGACUAGUGUUAGCACAACAAGGUGGCGUACUUGUAAUUUUUUUUGCUUGGCAGUUAUCGUUGCCGCGGGGUGGCUACUUCAAUCUGGGAUGGCCAAAGACGGCGCAUACCUGCAGACCGACAUUGCAUCAAUGCAAGUUCCACCCUCACUUCCAACCCCGCUUUCCCGAAAAAUAUUAACAGAAAGAUAAAAGGUGGACUAGAGGCUUCGGUAAAAUAAACAGCAUCUCCCUAGUCGCCCUCCACUUCAGGAACAUAACCGAGGCAACCCUCCUAGCUAACCUUCCACAAACAAUCCUCUCGUUCCUCUCCCUAACCUACAACUCACUCUUCACCUGCAUGCUUUCAGCCCACGAAUGGUCCCUCUUCAGUCACCACCGCCGCACCCUCCGCGUCACAUCCCCACGCCCAGGGCAACGCUCCACAUACUGGCUUCAGAUGCCUUACACCUACGCCAUCCCUCUAAUGACCCUGAGCGGUCUCCUCCACUGGUUGGCAUCGCAAUCGAUAUUCCUCGCAAGAGUCGAGAUAUCGGACCCGGCCGGGGGGGAGAUUUCGUCAACUAUAAGUGGUUUGGGGUACUCUUGUAUUGCCACAAUUUUUGUGCUCAUUCUGGCGGCUCUUGCCUUCCUGACUGCCACCGGGAUGGGGUAUAGGCGGUUUGCUGGGGAGAUUGCUACUGUCGGGAGUUGCUCGGCGGCCAUUUCAGCAGCAUGUCACGCCUGGGGGGAGGACUCGGAGGCUAUUAUAGGGAAGAAAGUGCGUUGGGGGGAUGUGGGGAUCGUGCCAAACCUGGGUGUCAGGCAUUUAACAUUCUCAAGUAGUGAACAGGUUGGGAAACCUGUGUUUGGAGAGGUUUAUGCCGGGGCGGGG